AUGCGAACUACAGCAACUAUGACUAACAUCGAUAAAAAAUUGUUCAAUGUGUUAAUUAUCGUUCCAGUUAACAAUCAUUUAGUCAUAGGCAAACUACAAAAAGAAAAUUCUACAUUCAUGUCAAUCAAGACUUCUGGCUUUCUUUUCCUUCUACUCUUGCAAUUCUGCUCGAUUGUUGAUCUGUCACCGAUCGAUAAUGAUGGUCUUCGUCAAACACAAGUACCAAACACAAUUGUCAAUCAACCGGCGCCAAGCAUCUUAAGUACGUUGCAAACGAAUUUGCUUUCAUCAACGAAUAUGCAAUGGAUAAAGACACUGAAGAAUGUUACGGAAAACGGUGGUAGCACAGUCAUUUUGGAAUGUCAAGUUCAGUCAUCAUAUCCAGUAUCAUUCAAUUGGUAUAGAUAUAAUAAUCCGCUUGAAAAGAAUCGCUUUACGAUUGAUCAAAGUGCAUUCCGAUCGAGAUAUAAUAAUCCGCUUGAAAAGAAUCGCUUUACGAUUGAUCAAAGUGCAUUCCGAUCGAGCAUUCUAUUGAAUAAUUUGAAAGAAGCAGAAGCCGGCUUUUAUACAUGUGAAGUAUCAAACGGUUUUCAAACAUUAUCUUCAACUGGAUUUGUUCGAGUGAAAAAUCCAGUGGAUAUGGAUAAUCUUGAUAUAUUAGAUGAAUCAUUACCACCGAUCGAAUUUCAACCUGAGAUCAUUUCUCCCAACGAUGUUUCCAUUUCGAAACUGAAAUGCGAACCGUAUUCAGGUCAAAUCUGUCGUUCAGUCAUUGGUUCACAAUACGUUUCCUUAUCGACAUCGAAUCAGAAAGAUAUCGAACGAAAUCUAAUCGAAAAUCUCAAAUAUUUAACAAAUAAUCAAUUUCUCUCCAACGAAUGUCGACAAUUACUAUUACCAAUGGUUUGCUCAUUUACAUAUUCCGUUUGCGAUAAUGAUCGAUUAAAUAUUCGUUCAAUCUGCCGUCGUUCGUGUGAUUAUUUUCAAAAUCAUGCAUGUGCAAAUCUAUUCACUUAUCAACAACAUUCAUAUUCAAAUUUACAAAUUUUACAAAAUAUGCCAACAUGCGAAAACCUACCGCCGGCGAGUGAUGAUUUAUCGUGUAUUGAUUUUGAUCAAAAACUACUCAAUCGUCAAAACGGUACGAAAUCAUCAAAUACGAAUUCAAUUAGUCGUCGGCCAUCCACAUCAAUUUCGCUCCUAAUUGUUCUUCUCAGCAUUCUAAUACCUGUCGGUGUUAUAUGUUUUCUUCUGAUCUUCAUGUGCUGGUGUUGUCGACACCGAAAUAACAAAAGUCAUUUAUCAUCUUGUUCUUCGACAUCGACGCCAAUCAAAAAAUCAUCGCAUAUUGUAAAUACUGUUACAUCAUCACCGUUUCGUUCAUCUAUCGUGCCGAAUCAUUUGAAGCAAAAUUCACGACAGCUUCUUCCAUCAUCGUCUUCAUCUUCAAAUACGAAUUUUACUAAUACAUAUCUUCGACAAAGUUUACUGAAAAAUGAAGUCAAACGUCCACUGAUGUAUAUACCCUCGCCCGGAAACGCAUUGGCUGAGAUUCCAUUUACAAAUAUCCGCUUUUUACAAGAACUUGGCGAAGGAGAAUUUGGUCGAAUUUAUAAAGGUGAAUUAGUUGAUAGUUCAACGAAGUGCAUUGUCAAAACAUUGCAAACUGAACAUGCCACACCACAGAAUCGAGAAGAAUAUGCACGGGAAAUCGAAAUUUUUCGUCAUAUUCGUCAUGUAAAUAUCUCGUGUUUACUUGGCAUUUGUAUUCAACCGCAAGAUGCUGCUUCGGUAAUGGUUUAUGAACGUUUGAAUGAUGGAGACUUACAUGAGUAUUUACUACAACGUUCGACAACAACGUCUCCAUCGUAUCACCAGCGUGAUUUAACAGACUUUCUUUAUAUUUCUAUACAAAUUCUAUCGGGAAUGAUUUAUUUAACAGAAAAAAAUUUUGUUCAUAAUGAUUUAUCUGCGAAGAACAUUCUCAUUUCUGAACAUAUGGAUAUCAAAAUUUCGAAUAUUGCUCGCUAUCGACCAAAAUAUGAUUCAGAUUACUACAAAAUCGCAAAUCGAUCAUUACCCGUUCGAUGGAUGGCUAUUGAAUCGUUGAUGUCCGGUAUCUACACCGAAAUGUCGGAUGUUUGGUCAUUCGGUGUUUUACUUUGGGAAAUGUUUUCUUAUGGUAUUCAGCCUUAUCAAGGUCGAACAAAUCCUGAAGUUAUUGAAAUGAUCCGAGAUAGAAAAUUAUUAACAUGUCCAGUCAAUUGUCCAAAACGUAUCUAUGCAUUGAUGUGUUCGUGUUGGGAAGAACUCAGUGAACAACGACCAACAUUUAGUGAACUAAUGGCAAGAUUGAGACAAUUCGAAGAGAAAACAACGACUUUGUCAUCAACAACGUCAUCGUCGCUAGUUGAUGUACCACCAGGUAUUAGUCAAGGAGAGAAUAUUCAAACGCCAAAGUAUCGAACAUUUAUUUCACCACCUCCGCCAACCAUCUCAUCGUUUGGUCGUGGUGAUACUUUUUCAAGUCCUGCACGAAUUCUGCCUUCAUCGACUCUUGUAGAACGAGAAAGUAUCCGUUUCGAAGUGUAA